CUCAGGCUGAUAGCAGCUCAGCAGUGAUAGCCGGCAAACUUUUGAAAAAGAGUUAAAAGAAAUUGAGUUUUACAGUGCUAAAUUGUUUAAAUAAUUUUGUUUAUAAUUAUAAGAACAACCCUUUGUUCACUAAUCCUAGUUUCAUCAUUAGUAUCGACGUUUACUAAGUUUAAUCAUGACAAAUGGAAUGGACCCUACUUACCUUGUUGACCAGCCAAAUAAGGUUGCUGAAAUUUACAGAAAUUAUCGUCCCACAAUUAUGCCUUUAGAGAUUGAAAAACACCUAGAUUUCAUUGAUAUUUCAGAAGACGGAUACUUUCUCCUUGGCUCAUCGAACCUGACUGGAAGAUACUGGAGAGGCUCUGUAUGGUACUAUAGUAAACCACCUUUGCCCCCCCAAAAAGAAGAAUGUGAGACAGGAAUGGAAUGUGAUAAUACUGUUUCCGAUGGUCAAUUUCUUAAUAAUAAAACAAUAAUAGUUGGUGAUGAUGGAGGGGCUGUGAUAGUUUAUGAAAUUACAAAACGAGAAGAUGGAACAUUAGUUUUUACCCAGAAAAGUGCAAGAUAUGAACAUGACAGUUCUGUAUCGAGUAUUUCUGUUUCCACGGACAAGACUGGGAUUGUGUCUGCAGGAUUUGAUAUGUGCAUCAAGGUUUGGGAUGGAGAUGAACUGAGCCCUGCACAGACUUUCCGCAACGCUCACUCUCACCAGGUGACCAAAGUGGCUCACUCCCCCGAACCUGGCUCUAGAGUGUUUGCUUCCACUGGUCUGGACGGACUUGCCCUUGUGUGGGACACUAGACAACCCAAGCCCGCCUCAGUCGUCAUCGACCACCCAGGAGAAGGAAUGACAGCUGUUACAUGGAAGAGUGGGGAUUUCAAUACACUUGCCGUGGGUUCGUCGUUUGGGAACGUCUCUCUUAUGGAUCUACGUACUAAUUCGUCAAUACAACAGUCAGCGCCUUACAAACGAACGAUUUUCAAAUUACUCUUUAUCAAUCCAAGAUCUAUGGUAGUUUGUGCUGAUUCUAACGAACUCAAAGUAAUUGAUACUUCAUCGCCCAACUUAGAUAUCAGCUAUAUGGACAAGCGGCACUCAGAUUUUGUCAGAGGACUUGCUUACGACAACAAAGCUAGUGUUCUCUACUCCUGCGGCUGGGAUAAACAAGUUCUGUCUCACUCUCUCCCCUGACAGGAACACAUCUUACAACAUUUGUGAAACUACUUUUCAGUGAAAAUAAAGUGUUAAACAAUAUUGUUAUUCUGUGAAGUGAACACAACUUUUUGCUAUAUGUGUUAUGUUGUCAUUAUUAAACAGAAAUUAAACGUGACAUGAUUCAU